CUUUUUAAUUCCUCUCUGUCUAAAAAGAUACAACUCACUUCCUCUAAAACUUGACUGAAAAUCUGCAAUUUUUCUGUCUCGGUAAAUCAUUCACACAUCUCCUCGAGAAGAAGAAGAUAAAAAGGGAAACACAAAGGAGAAAGAAAAACCUUAAAAACCCGAUUAAAUGGAUCGUUUGAUCAGAAGAUUUCUUCUGUUUCUAUUGAUCAUACUUUUUGAUUCUCCAAUAAUAUGCCACAGUUGGGGAUGGUUCUCUUUUUCUUCUUCUUCUGCAGAAAACACAGACUCUUCUUUCUCUCGGUCUCACAAGUCAAAUCCUGAGUUCUCCAUAGAGGUUUUCAGCGACAAGGAGGCGGUUCGAGUACUUGAAGACGCCAAAAACAAGCUUGUAGGUCCAAACAGUUGCUGGCAAAAUGCAUAUGGUUACCUCUUGUCUGGAUGCAAAGACAUGGUUGCCACAGAAGAAAAGAGGAAGAGAUUCGCUUGGCAUUUGAGCGAUUGUUUCCAGCAGGAAUCGGGAAGACCGGAUUUUCCCACCUGCAAUGAUAAAUCAACAAUGAUGAGUUGCCUCAAGAAGCUAGACGAUCAUGAGCAUAAGAUCUAUCUCGAAUUCAUGCUUGAGACCAACACUAUCUGCCAACAAUUACAGAGUUAUGCAUUCAAGAAUGAAAUUGAGAGGCUUGUCAAUGAUUUGAGGAGCACAGCACAGUACACAGACGAGAAACUGGAUAUUAUAGGGAGUAAAUCCGAUGCUCUAUUGCAGAGCUCGAGCAUGAUUCAUGAAUCUCUAGGGUCAAUAGAUGUUCGGGUUCAGAACGUGGCUCAUACGACAAGCACCAUAGAAACUCAAAUGAGUGGAGUGUCUCUACAAACCAAAGAAAUCUAUCAAGAACAAAAGAGUAUUACGGAAUCACAGCUGGCGUUAAGGGAAGGUCAAGAGAAGAUGGGAGAAACAAUGAAAGCUGGAAUGGAGAUGGUCAAUGAUGUGGUUACUAACGUCAAGGAAGGAGUAGAUAAGCUGAGAAACGAUACAAAGCAAAUUGAAGGGGAGAUAAACGAGCUUGGAAAAGAAGUGUCAUGCAAAAUGACUGCUCUGGAGAAUAAAACCAUGGUUAUCGGAACUAUGACUAAUAGUUCGUUGGAUAAGCAGCAGAAGCUUUUGGACGGUCAAUCGGUGGCUCUUGAUAAUCUUCAGUUUCUUACACGGUUUCAGAGUGAGGCACUUCAAGAGAGUAGGAGUACCUUGCAACGUUUGGCCGAAUUUAGUCAGGAGCAACAAGAAGAUCUUGCAAAGCGGCAAGAACAGCUUCAAAAAGUUCAUGAUCACCUGUUUGAAAAUUCAAAAUCAAUGUUGGCAGCUCAGGAAGCGUUUGAGGCGAAACAGGCAAGCAUGUUUGUAGCUCUGGAUAAGCUAUUUGCUUUGCACAAUGCGAUGCUUCUCGAGUCCCGUGUGAUAAAAGCUUUCUUCAUCUACUUCUUGUCGAUCUUUGUCAUCUACAUGUUUACAAGCACAAAACAGACUUAUACCAUAAGGCCAAGGCUUUACAUAGGUUUGUGCGUUACCUUAGCAUUAGAAGUGGCAAGUUUGCGUUUCGUGAAUGAUGCAGAACACCGAGCAUGGAUUAUAAACCUCGUCAGGUCUUUAUUUGCUGUUCUUGCUUCAGCUCAGCUUCUUCAUGCUGCUUUUACAUACAGGGACUAUGAAGUACUAAACCACCAGAUCCUGUUAAGAUUAGUUGAUAAGGUUAACAACAUGCAAAGCAAAAGAGAACUCUCGUGGGAUGAAGAUACAGAGAGCGAGGUGGAUUGGACAUCUUGGAUUGAUACAGAUUUAACUGAUGAUGAUGACAAUCUUGGAGAUCCUGAUUACAGAAUUCCAGAACCGAUCAAGGAAAAUCUAGGUUUCACCUCAUCAAUGACAACAAGACUGUACAAUCUCCGUCCGCGAUAACCAGCAAAGAUGUGACUGCAGUCAAAACUACAUUGGUGUUUCAUCUUUUUGAUGGAAAUGCUACAUGCUUAUCUUAAUGCAGUAACUGGAACAAAACUAUAAUUGUAUGCUAUUUAUAAUCGUUUGUUACAAACCCUGAGAAACUGUGAGAAUCGGGUACAUAUUUAUCAUAAUGAAUAGGGUACUAUAGUAUGCAACAUGCGAAUUCCAUAACACUCUCUGCAGCCUUGGUCGAGUAUAAUAAAGAUAAUGAGUCCUUUUUUUCAAUUAUCUUGAUCUUGAGAAAAAUCAUAUUGGUAACCUACAAAAUGAUUAGAUGUGAGUUCUAACAUACAGAGAAGGUUUUGCAAUUCCAUCAAGGCGAAAACAAUGGUAAACUAAACCCUCUAAACCAGGUAAUAAAUCUACUGCUUUGGAUAAACAUUAUACUGACACUAAAAAUAAUUAUUCAUUAUCACACCAAAAUAGCAAUUAGCAAUCCCCAAUCCCAUCUUCGUUAGUGUACAUCAAUCCACAAAGCAGCAUUGUUUACACUUGUCACUGACGAGAGGACAUUCUUCUACAGAGGCAAUCUCAACAGUGGUUUCAGAGACUUAACAAAACUAUUAUCUCCUUUGAUUGGCUCAACUAUCAAGAAAAACAAAAAUUGAUCUUCAAUUUCAUAAGAAAGUGAAUAAGAUUCAUCAUCAUGCAUCUAAUCUAACUUUAAAUAACGAAACAGAUCCUCAUAAACAGUCAAAAGUUAACUUCUCCAAUUUGAGCAAUUUACAAGAUUUUAUUCUCCCCAGAUUUUAUCUGUUUACUUACACAUACCGAAUUUUGCAGAAAUCACAACCAAAAAAAAAACUGAACAAUUUUAAUUUCAUUCGAAGUAACUCUAGAAUGCAGAUACACAAUCAUCAA